ACUCUCACACACACACACGCACGCACACCGGCGGGCGGUGUGUUCAUUUGAAUGGUGACACUGUGAAGACGCUAGGAGCUAUAACCCCGCACACAGAGGAGUCGGACCCGCUCUGGAUGUACACAACCCGCGGGGAACCAUCACGGCACCUGACAGAAUGAAUCGUGUCCCUUAUUGUGGCAGCUGCUGACGGGGAGUGUUCGAGGUGAACUGGGAGGAAACAAUCCAAUGGCCUUCUGUGAUCCUGCCUGCAUCUUUGUGCUGACAAGAACAUGAAGCAGCAGGUGGAUAUUAUAAAUAAGGAAGAAUUAGAUAAAGAAAGAUUUCAAGUGCAUUACGGAGUACGCAGCCCGGGCACAGCGAAGCGAUUGUCAUCGUGCAAGAGGAAGGGUUGUCCGCAGGUGGAGGUGGGCGUGAAGCUGCACCGCCGAGCAUCAGAUGUAGGCCGUGCCCGUGACCCCGGCAUGGCCAACAAAGAGAAUGAGCUGACGUGCUCCGAAGACGCGCGGGGCAUUCUCUACAAUGACAUCUGUGGGCUCCCUGUGAACUCUGCAGAGGCCUCCAAGAUGGCAGGGGCCAGCUCCAAGUACGGCGACUUUACUGAGCUAUCAAAGGACCAUGAAGCUUUGACUCGCGUCCUUUUUGGAAGGAAUCUACGACUUAAAGUAGCCCAAACGCUAUGGCGAAGAAACGCCUGUGAAUUAGUGGCCUACCUAAUAAGAAUUCAAGACACGGGAGUGCUGCUCGACUGCUUACCUGUCUUAACAAAUGAUCUUCAAACUGAAGCACCAUGUUUGUCACUUGGCUGCUGUGUUGACCUCCUGCCCCAAGUGAAAGUGAUUCUUGCCAGUAAAUACGAAGAACACAUAAUGGUGGGUUUACACUGGGUUCAAUCCGUCAUCAGGAAAUGGUGGCCAGAACUUUCAAAGAACGAGAAAAGACUGCAGGACAGUUGUUCGGAGGACAGGAAUAUUGAAGUCAUGAAGCAGCGGCUGAAGGACUUGUGGAAGGAAGGACCCCGACUAUGUCUGGUUCCAGGAACCACAGGAGAGCUGGCAAAGGCGAUUGAGGCUUAUCUAUCACAGCUGCCCUGACAGUCGUCGGUGUAGCACUCAUGAGGAUGUGACCACUACUGCCGGAUCAUGGCUGUUUUCGAACUGAUAAUGACGCCAGAGAAAACGGACUGGUUCAUUCUGCCACGUUAAACUCAAACCUCUUACUGGGAACUGAACUUUGAUAAUUCAGACUACUCCCCUCGGUGAGAGCUGGAGACUCUUAAGGAGGGCUCCGAGAGCCUUUCUACAAAACAAUUAAGGAAACGGCAAAUGACUGCUUCACAUUGAAGUGGCUCGUCUUGUGAAGGGGCAUAUUUAGUGGACCUCCGUGAGACUGGAUGCAACGUCGCUCUAUGAAGUGCCAAGCUCGUGGUCUCUCACUACAUCACACUUUGCCAUGGAUUGCACAUGCACUUGUUGAUGUAAUGAAUGCUCCGCUCUUUUUUGUUGUUUUGAACCUGGGUUCUCCGGAAUCAGGAACUUGAAUCUGCAACAGUCUUAAGUUAUUAGAGCUCGUUUUCAUUUUUCGCCUCUUCAUAUGACAUUUGACUGUGUUAUGUAAACCGUUAAAACAAGUGAUUCUUUUAAAAUUCUUUUAAAUAAAUUUCAUCAAAAUCGAAA